AUGUCUGUUUUGUCCCCUCCAACACAUUCGCCACUUCUUCUAAACACCAAAACCAAUCUUUCUUCAUCUUCUUCACCUUCUUCUCCUUCUUAUCUUCUUCCUCUUCUCACUUUCCCAUCCAAACGCUCUUCUUCACUAACCCUCUUCUCUUCUUCAAAAUCAGGAGAUGGGUUGUCGAGUAAAGAUAAAAAAGUCUUACUUGAACAGUAUGGUUAUGAUAUCGACGCUGAUGACUUAUUUUCUCAAUCGUCUCGAAAGUCCAAGAGGAAAAAGGAUCAACAAAAGACCAGAGGAGGGAAGCAAGUGCAGGAUCCACCUGAGGAACCUAAGUCUCCUCGUACCACACAUAAAUUGCUUCAGGUUAUUGGAGGAACAGCUCGAAGAAAGAAGCUACUCUCACCAAACAGCAUGGAUGUACGCCCCAUGAUGGAGGUCGUGAAAAGUGCAGCCUUUGAUAUAUUACAGGCGGCUUGUGGCUCUCCUGCAUCCUUGAGACCUGGACGCUGGUUAGACUUGUAUAGCGGUACCGGUUCUGUUGGAAUUGAAGCACUUAGCCGAGGAUGUUCUGAGGUACAUUUUGUUGAGAUGGACCCUUGGGUUGUAUCGGAUGUUUUACGUCCAAACUUAGAGGUGACCGGAUUCGUUGAUGGUUCAGUCAUUCACACAGUCCGUGUGGAGAAAUUCUUCGAACGCGCAGAGCAAUUUGUAGGAAAUAAGGGUAUGUUUGAUUACAUCAGCGUCACCCCUCCAUACGAACAAGUUGACUAUGCGGUGCUAAUGAGACUGAUUUCGGAAUCACCCUUUGUUGGAGAAGACACUUUUAUUCUAGUUGAGUAUCCUUCAAAAACCGACAUGCAGGAGUCUUGCGGAAGUCUUGUUAAGAUAACCGAUAGGCGGUUCGGCCGAACCCUAUUGGUAAUUUAUGGACCAGCAUGGGCUCAAAAGAAAAGGAAAUAA